AUGCUUAGUUGCAAAAAUUCUUCCACUUAUCCAACUACCGCAUUGGGCAAUGGUGCUCGAGAGAUUACUUGUUCUAGACAUAUUUUAGAUACUUCGGGGAAUAUACCCCCCACCUGUUCCGCAAAUGACACAAUCGAGCUCUAUGUUUCAGGGAAAACAUACGAGUUUCCCCAAUCGGGCACUACUUGGGGACCCGGAUUGGUCAGCACACCUCAGGGGCUCCCAGUUGUAUGCUUGACAGGCAAAUGCGACGACGAUCAGAGCGCCACGUUGGGCCAACUAACAGAGCCGAUGAGUAAUAUUUUACGCCCAUUACAAACAAGAUUUUUAAUUCGCAAUACGAGGUGCUCGUAUGUGCGCAUGGUAAUUACUAGAAAUCUCGCCAUGGCAAGAAUACACAGUGCCAGGCUUCCCGCGCCCGUGACGUGA